CGCGCCUCGCGCGAAGAAAAUCGUCGAGGAAGUCAAGUCGCGCAUACGCCGCAUCCACUUGUUGCCUUCCCUUCUUGCUAACGAUCUGCAGCUGUAGGAGCUGGAGGACAGAGGGCGAAGAGGGGCAGUAUCGGACUCAAAGAAAGAACAGAGGAUGAGCGGACCAAAGCAGGGUUUUGCCAUGGGUCUCGUGCAUGGCGGAGACAAUGACGAUCGCGAUGGCGCUCCCGCUGCCUCCUCCUCUUCGUCACUGUCCGGCGCACGAGCGAACGGGAGCUCACGCAAGGUCCUCACGGCCAGAGAUGCCUUUGGGAACUCAUCCUCGGACGAAGAGGACCACGAUGGGCGUGCGUCCCGUCACGAAUCCCUCAGUGGCUUCUCGCGCUCCAAGUCUGGCCAGUGGGCUGCCUCCUCGUCUUCCCACGCUGCGAGGGCUUCGGCGAGAGAGAAGCCAAAGGUCAUCGAGUCGCGCGAGAACAACAACUGGUGGGAGGAGCGCCGGCGGAGGAUGGGCGUCAAUGUCGAGGCGCUUGCGGGCCACGGACCGGGCAGGCGCACGCACGGAGCAGAUGCAGCGACAAAGGACCGGAUGAAUGAUGAGGCGCAAAAGGUCGGGCUGGAGGUGCGACGGGGGAAGAGGGAAGACGCUGCGGACGGCGCGCGAGAGGGGGAAGUGCCACCGAUGGAAGUCGACGCCGAUAAUACCGCGGAGAAAGACCCGAAACAGGAGGGGGAAGACCUCGACGAGGAAGCGCAGGCCCGCGCCGCUCUGCUGAGCGGCUCGGACCCCAGCUCAGCCGCCCGCAAGAGCAGCACCGUGAUUGCGCUCACCGAGGAAGAGGCGCUGCGGCACGACGCCUCGACGCGUCCCGAUGCACCGACGCUCGAGUCGUACGCCAAGAUGCCCGUCGAGGACUUUGGCGCGGCGAUUCUCCGCGGCAUGGGCUGGAAGGAGGGCAUGGGCGCAGGGAAGAAGCGCGAUGGCCCGACGAGGGCGCCCCAGGUCCAGAAGAGGGCCGCCCUGCUGGGGCUGGGCGCAAAGGAGAGGGACCUCGACAAGGCCAACAACGGUGGCGGGGCGAAUGGGGCGCGGGCAAACGUAAAGGCGAGGCCAGAGAGGAGAUACGUGCCCGUCGUCAAGAGGGAGCAGCCGGAGCAGAGGGACAGCCCGCGCUCGAGACGGGGCAGUCUGAGCCCCGGCGGACGCGACAGCGAUAAGGAUCGGGACCGUGAUCGAGUCCGUGAUCGUGACCAUGGCCGUGACCGAGAUCGUAACCGUGACCGUGACCGUGACCGCGACCGUGAUCGCGACCGAGACCGAUCGAGGUACUACGACGACCGCAAGCGGCACCGCGACGGGGACAGGGACAGGGACAGGGAUCGCGAAAGCCAUCGACGGCACCGAGACCGUGAUCACGACCGGGACGCAUACAGAGAGAGAGACAGACGGCAUCGCGAUGACUAUGGCAAAGACAGCGACGAUCGGCGACGGAGCAGGCAUCCUGACUCGCCCGAUCAGCGACGCAGAGACUAGCACACACACACACACUGCAUACAGUCUUUUCAUGUCAUUAUCCAUAUCGCAUUGCAAUUAGUCACAACCAUUACUU